GAGCUGUGAGAGGUGUCUGCAGCCGUCACAGUACGAGAGGAAGCAGUUUCAUACAGGGAGUGGAAUGGUUUGGUUGUAAAAACACAGGAGAAGAAAGGUGCUGAAGAAGGAGGUGGGAGUGGAGUGCAUGGACGAUGCAGGUCGACCGAAGGAGGAUGAGUGUGUCUGCACAGAUCUGUUUGCUAACAUGCUUCACUCUCACCGGACACUUGACUUUGGCUUUGGGUUCAAAUCAAGACGUGGAAUUAACCUUUCUGUUACCGGCCGGCAGCACCGAGUGUUUCUACCAAACCACCGCCGGUAACGACACCAUGGAAGUGGAAUAUCAGGUGAUAGCCGGGUCCGGUCUGAACGUUGGUUUCGCCCUCAUCUCACCCAGCGGACACCGGCUGGUCUCUGACUUCAUGCAAUCUGAAGGCAUCCACACGACGACUCCCACAGAGAAUGGAGAUUACCGGCUGUGUUUCGACAACAGCUUCAGUAAAAUGUCGGUGAAGAUUGUGUUCUUUGGGGUGAGCGUCAGUUCCGAAGGAGGAAGUAGAGACCGGGUGGAGUGGGAGGACAUGGCCCCCGACAGCCUGGUGGAGUACCACCUGGAGGACAUCAGGGCCACGAUGGACUCCGUGUACCAGCGGCUGGAGAGGAGCCGACAGGUCCAGGCCUCGCUGCGGGCCUUCGAGGCCAGAGACCGCUUCCUCCUGGAGGACAACCUGUGGCGAGUGACCUUCUGGUCCUGCCUCAACCUGCUGGUCAUGCUCACAGUCGCCGCCUCUCAGAUCUACACCCUGCAGCGUCUGUUCGACAGCAACAAGCGGACGUGCACCUAGUCCCCACUAGGGUUGCAAAAUUCCGGGAAUAUUCAAAGUUGGAAACUUUCCAUGGGAAUUAACGGGAAUA